AUGCGACUGCAGUGUUGUGUGGCGGCCAUUUUGGAUCUGUUUGCGGCGAUGGUGGAGAUGGUGCCUUUUGGAAACACGCCGAAGGUCAAACUCUUAGGAGGUGAACUGAGGAACCAAGCUCCAAAUGUCCCCCAGGAGGAGAACCAGGAGGAGAACCAGGAGGAGAACCAGGAGGAGAACCAGGGGAGAACCAGGGGAGAACCAGGAGGAGAACCAGGAGGAGAAUCAGGAGGAGAACCAGGGGAGAACCAGAGGAGAACCAGGAGAACCAGGAGGAGAAUCAGGAGGAGAAGAGAAGAGCCAGAGAAGAAGGAGAACCAGAGAAGAGCCAGAGAAGAAGAGGAGAACCAGAGGAGAGCGAGAGGAGAACCAGGACCAGAGGAGAAGAGAAGAACCAGAGAAGAAGUAAGACCGGAAAUGGUAAAGAGAAAAGUCCAUGUUUUUCCACGUUGGCCUCCACUCAGUCCAGCGUGUGACAUCACUUCCUGUCGCCUGCCUACUCCACUGUGCAGGGAGGAGGCUGGAGAGGAGGCAGGAGAGGAGGCAGGAGAGGAGGCAGGAGAGGAGGCAGGAGAGGAGGCAGGAGAGGAGGCAGGAGUGGGGGAGGAGGCUGGAGUGGGGGAGGAGGCUGGAGAGGAGGCAGGAGUGGGGGAGGAGGCUGGAGAGGAGGCAGGAGUGGAGGAGGAGGCUGGAGAGGAGGCAGGAGUGGGGGAGGAGGCUGGAGAGGAGGCAGGAGUGGGGGAGGAGGCUGGAGAGGAGGCAGGAGUGGGGGAGGAGGCUGGAGAGGAGGCAGGAGUGGGGGAGGAGGCUGGAGUAGGGGAGGAGGCUGGAGUGGGGGAGGAGGAGGAGUGGGGGAGGAGGAGGAGUGGGGGAGGAGGCUGUAGUGGGGGAGGAGGAGGAGUGGGGGAGGAGGAGGAGUGGGGGAGGAGGCUGGAGUGGGGGAGGAGGAGUGGGGGAGGAGGACGAGUGGGGGAGGAGGCUGGAGUGGGGGAGGACGAGUGGGGGAGGAGGAGUGGGGGAGGAGGAGGAGUGGGGGAGGAGGAGGAGUGGGGGAGGAGGAGGAGUGGGGGAGGAGGCUGUAGUGGGGGAGGAGGCUGGAGUGGGGGAGGAGGAGGAGUGGGGGAGGAGGAGGAGUGGGAGAGGAGGAGGAGUGGGGGAGGAGGAGGAGGAGUGGGGGAGGAGGAGGAGGAGGGGGGAGGAGGAGGAGUGGGGGAGGAGGAGUGGGGGAGGAGGAGGAGUGGGGGAGGAGGAGGAGUGGGGGAGGAGGAGGAGUGGGGGAGGAGGCUGGAGUGGGGGAGGAGGAGGAGUGGGGGAGGAGGAGGAGUGGGGGAGGAGGAGGAGUGGGGGAGGAGGCUGGAGUGGGGGAGGAGGAGGAGUGGGGGAGGAGGAGGAGUGGGGGAGGAGGCUGGAGUGGGGGAGGAGGAGGAGGGGGGAGGAGAGGAGGAGAGUGGGGGAGGAGGCUGGAGUGGGGGAGGAGGAGGAGUGGGGGAGGAGGAGGAGUGGGGGAGGAGGCUGGAGUGGGGGAGGAGGAGGAGUGGGGGAGGAGGAGGAGUGGGGGAGGAGGAGGAGUGGGGGAGGAGGAGGAGUGGGGGAGGUUCCAAGUGGUUUCAUAUUUUUAGUUUUGGCUCAGGAACAGGAUUCUAG